CGGCUCUUUGCUCACUCAGGGACCGAAACCCACAGAUCGAGUGAAGGUGUAUUUCUCCCUCAAUCUGGAUGUCGGCUUUUUAAAUUUAAGUGCCAAGAAAACAAAACGAGGUGCAGUUUUAUAUGGAUGGAGCCGGACUCACACGCUGGACAAACCUUUCUUUCUUUGCUGGACUUUUCUGUGUUCCCAGAAAUGAUAAACAGUCCUUUUGUUAAAGGACAUAAACAACGGCUGAGGAAGAACAAAGGCAGCGAUUCACAUCCCGGGUCAGCUGGGGUGGCCACAUGAUCGCAACAGCCCCCCCCCCAAAGCUUCCUGCUCCCACUGAUGUGAGGUUUGAGGCCGACUCUGGCCUUUCAGAAAGAUGACACUCCCCGCAGCUAAGCAUCCUCCUUUGCUUAGAGGCAGCUUUCCUUUAGCUGCUGGUUCUAUUGGCUGGGGAUGAUGGGAAUUGCAGUGGCAUGCGUCCAUGAGGCACCAGGGUGGUGAGGAAGCAAUCAAGCAAUUUCCAGCCUUGCCGCUCUCUCUUUCUGGCUGUGAAGAGCCAGCCACUGAAGCCUGGACGUGCAUAUGUUCAAGAAAUAAAACUGACGCAGCGCAUGCCUGCCUUGGUGCCCAGCCCGUCCCGAGCCUCCUGUGAGGAAUUCAGGAUCACAUGACCCUGGAUAUGGACGUGGUCCUCUCCGAUUUUGUCCGCUCAACUGGGGCAGAGCCGGGGCUCGCCAGAGAUUUGCUAGAAGGGAAGAAUUGGGACCUGAGCGCCGCCUUGAGUGAUUUUGAGCAGCUUCGGCAGGUUCACGCUGGGACGCUGCCCCGUUCCUUCAACGAAGGGCGUGCCUUUAAGCUCGCCGAGAAGGAGGUUCCGCGCCCCCCGCGGCCCCUCCUGCAGCGCCAGGAUGACAUCGUCCAGGAAAAGCGCUUAUCCCGCGGCAUUUCCCAUGCCAGCUCCACCAUCGUCUCGCUGGCUCGCUCCCACGUCUCCAGCAACGGCAGUGGCGGUGGCAGUGGCGGCAGCGGCAGUAGUGGCGGCGAACACCUCCUGGAGAUGCCCAUCUUCACUUUCCAGCUGCCCGACCUGACCGUCUACCGUGAGGAGUUCCGCAGCUUCAUCGAACGGGACCUCAUCGAGCAGUCGAUGCUGGUGGCGCUGGAGCAGGCUGGGCGCCUCAACUGGUGGGCCAACGUGGAUCCCAGCUGCCAGCGGCUGCUCCCCUUGGCCACGACGGGCGACGGCAAUUGCUUGCUUCAUGCGGCUUCAUUAGGGAUGUGGGGCUUCCACGACCGGGACCUGAUGCUGCGCAAAGCUCUUCACGCGCUCAUGGACGAAGGGGCAGAGAGGGAGGCCCUGCAGCGGCGCUGGCGGUGGCAGCAGGCCCAGCAGAACAAAGAGUCCGGUCUCGUUUACACGGAAGAGGAAUGGCAGAAGGAGUGGAACGAACUGAUCAAGCUGGCUUCCAGCGAGCCUCGGAUGCAUUACGGCACCAACGGCGGGAACUGCGGAGGCAUUGAGGGCUCGGAGGAGCCCGUCUAUGAGAGCCUGGAGGAGUUCCAUGUUUUCGUGCUGGCCCAUGUGCUCAAGAGGCCCAUCGUGGUGGUUGCCGACACCAUGCUGCGGGAUUCUGGAGGGGAAGCAUUUGCCCCCAUCCCCUUUGGGGGCAUCUACCUGCCCCUGGAGGUGCCCGCCAGCAAGUGCCACCGCUCCCCACUGGUCCUCGCCUACGACCAGGCCCACUUCUCCGCUCUGGUUUCCAUGGAGCAGAAGGAGCCCUCCAAGGAGCAAGCCCCUGUGCAGGAAGUUGGGCGAAAGAGGGGACCUUCCUACGACCAGGCCCACUUCUCCGCUCUGGUUUCCAUGGAGCAGAAGGAGCCCUCCAAGGAGCAAGUUAACGGGACGCCGCCUCUCGCUUUCUGUUUCUGCACGGCUCGGCCUCGUUUCAGCGUGACGCUGUCGCUGGAGGCAAAACUUCACUUGCUGCACAGCUACAUGAUUGUGAAGUGGAUCACGCUGCCUUGUGACAUGCAGGCCCCUCUGGCACAGCCGGAGUCUCCCACGGCGUCUCCCGGGGACGAGGCCCGGUCCGCUGCAGACUCGGGGGAUUCAGACAAGGAGUCAGUGUGCAGCAGCUCCGCCAGCAACAGCGGCAAGGGCAACAGUGGCGCCAAGGAGAAGUCGAAGAAGGACCGGGAGCGGGAGAAGGACAAGGAGAAGAAGCGGGCCGACUCGGUGGCCAACAAACUCGGGAGUUUUGGCAAGACCCUGGGCAGCAAGCUCAAGAAGAACAUGGGGGGCUUGAUGCACGGCCGGGCGGUCAAGGGGAGCGCGAGCAACGGGGAGACGCUGGAGAAGAAGAAGAAGGGGUCCAUCAAGGUGAGGAAGGGCAGCAAAGAAGAGGCCUCUCCCGGAGAUCUGGUGGCCGCAGUGGGACCCGGCAAGGCGAGCGGCGAGAAGCCUCCGGAGGCCUGCAAGUACAGCAGCGACGUCAAGCUGAGCCUCGGCAUCCUUCGGGCGGCCAUGCAAGGGGAGCGCAAGUUCAUCUUUGCCGGCCAGCUCAAGACCAGCCAUCGGCACCAGUACCAGGAGGAGAUGAUCCAGCGGUACCUCUCGGACGCUGAGGAGCGCUUCGCUGCCGAGCAGAAGCAGAAAGAAGCAGAGAGGAAGGCUGCCGUGGGUCCGGGGAGCAGUGGGGCAGGCAAGAGGCUGGAUCCGGAAGGCAACCCGCCCCUCAAAGGAGAGGAGGUGGGGCUCAACUCCGCCUACCCCCCGCCACUCUCCCCCUACAGCCUCCAAGGCCCCGAUCUGGCUGCCGUGGGGGCCAAGAUGGCCGGCUUCCCCACCAGCUACUCCGGGGUUUUCACCAUUCCUCGUCCAUCUAUGACGGGUAGCCUGGAAAGCCCCCACCCCCCCAGCUACCAAGAGAGCCGGAGGCAGCUGGCGGGUGGGAACUGCGCCCCCCUCCCUUCUUACGCCACCCUGCCCAGGCACUGUGCCCAGGGCCGCCCUCACCCUUACCAAGCCAGCCCUUCCCACCCGGGGGCCCACUUCUCCCCAACAGAAACGGACGUGCCCCCGGGCUAUGCGGCCACCGAGCGUGAGGGCUCUUCCUGCCCGGUUCUCCCCAGUAAUGGGUUCCGGGAAUAUGUUGAGCCGGACGGGGGCUCCCCAAAGGGAGUCCACGGCGAUCAGGCCAAGACACGGUUGCUCUACGGUGGCGUCCAGCAGACCAAAUGCAGGCAGCCAAGCUGCAGUUAUUACGGACGCCCGGAAACCGGGAACUACUGCUCCUGCUGUUACAAAGAGGAGCUGAAGAGGAAGGAGCGAGAACGGGAAGCCUUCAUCCACCGGUUUUGAGAGCGCCUCGCCUGCACGUGGGUGUCUGGACCCAUGGGUUAUGGGGAAUGCAAUAAUUUUAUCUUCCGUCUCCCUCGCCUCUUCCACCCCGCAUCUUGUCAAGAAGGGUUGGGCAGGUCGGGGGAGGCAGAAGCCGCCGCUGACCAGGGUGAGGGGCACCCAAUGCCGUGGCAGAGUAGGGGCUGCAGCUACAGGGGAAGGGGUGCACUGAAAAAGGGGGGAGGCAGGCCCCAGGGGCCAUAGGCAGGGGCCGCCCCCCCUACCCCGGGGGGACACAGUGCGUUUUGUGGAGUGCGCUGUCGCCGCACGGAGCGAAUCUUCCAGACCAAAGCUUUGAAUCCCAAAGGGGUGGAACCAGCGCACUGGGUGGCAGGAGCCCCAUUCCUUCCUUCCUUCUUUCCUUCUUGUCGGGUUGGCCUGCUUCCUUUUUUAAAAAAGCAUUUCAAAGGGAUUAAAACCACCAUUCCCUAUAGGUUGUCUUUUAAAAAAAAAUAUUUGAAAUCGUGAGUCUCUUCUUAUUCAGUAAUAUUAACAACUUUGUGUUUUUUUAAAAAAAUAUUUUUGAGGAGGUUUUUUUGCCGCCUAAAGGGGACUUCUGAGUUGGAAAUGGGGCUCGUCUCUCAGUGUUGGGACCCCUCCCUGGCUCUUCGCUCUUCGGAGUACAAACCCACCCCGUCUCCCUCUCCUCCUCUUCUCCAUUGUUCUCUGUUGUCGUUUUUCUGAACAAACACCGCGUCAUAGUUGGUUUUAGCCUUGGUAGAUUAAUUGGGCCUCACUGUUUCUAAAAUACAUGUUGAGAAACUCCUGCCAGGAAUUGAAUACCUGUGUCGGUGGAAGGGGUGCGGAGGAAGGAAUCGGCAAGUGACAGGACUCUCGCGGCGUGGGUGGUAUUUUUCUGUGCAAAAGGGGGACCUGUUUUUCAUACAGUUGGACCCAGUGUAGUAAGAAGGGUUACCAAGCAUAGAAUCAGGGCUUUUGGGGGGGUGUUUGUUUGUUUGUUUGUUUUUUAAACAAAAGCAAUAAACUGUUAAAGCGACUUGAAAAGCAGGAAAGACAAAAGAGAAAAGCCUAACCUAGUUGGGAAUAAAAAGCGUUGCCCCCCUCCUUCACGGAUGCUGCCUCCGCCCCAUUCCCAUGAAUGCAUUGAUAGAUCUGUAUUAAAUUCUCUGACUUGCAGAGAAUAACUUUUUUUCUUUCCACACAUGCUCUUCUUAUUAUGAUGAUUUCAUUUUCUAGACUACCUCUGUUCUGCUGAGUAGACAUAAUCUGGCUCCGUUUUGCUGAGCCGAUACUUUUGUGGGAAUGGCAAUUAAAUACUAAAGAAUAUAGAUAUUAUAUAUAUAUAUGUAUAUGUAUAUUUUUAACAGGGCUACAUUUGUGUUAGGGGACAGGGAGCGGGAGAAUGUAAAAUAGAUGCUAACAGCGCUAUAUUUUUUUCUUGUACGAAUAAAAAGUAACAGACCUC